CGGCGUUCCUCGGUCUAGGAGCCGAUGCCGGCCGCGCCCUGGAGGCCCCGUAGCGGGGCCGGACCAUGAGCCUGCUGGGCGGCCCGGCCUCCUCGCCGCGGGCCCCGCUGCAGUCCAGCAAGGCCAGGAUGAAAAAGCUCCCGAAGAAGAGCCAGAACGAGAAGUACCGGCUCAAGUACCUGCGGCUGCGCAAAGCGGCCAAAGCCACGGUGUUUGAAAAUGCUGCUAUUUGUGAUGAAAUUGCUCGUCUGGAGGAAAAAUUUCUUAAAGCAAAAGAAGAAAGACGGUAUUUGCUAAAGAAGCUUCUCCAGCUUCAGGCUCUAACCGAAGGGGACGUACACGCUGCAGCUCCUUCCCACAGCUCCAGUUUGCCCCUGCCUUAUGGUGCGGCCAGCUCUGUGGGAACUAUACAGGGAGCUGGGUCCAUUUCUGGACCCAGCGCUGGGGCUGAGGAACCGUUCGGGAAGAAAUCCAAGAAGGAGAAAAAAGAAAAAGGCAAAGAGAACAACAAACUGGAAGUUCUGAAGAAAACAUCCAAGAAAAAGAAAAUGGAGGGAGGUGCUCGCAAGCUGGUUCAGCCCAUUGCCCUGGAUCCCUCAGGACGGCCUGUGUUCCCCAUCGGACUGGGGGGUCUAACAGUAUAUAGCCUGGGGGAGAUCAUCACCGACCGACCUGGCUUCCAUGAUGAGAGCGCCAUCUACCCCGUGGGCUACUGCAGUACUCGAACGUACGCCAGCGUGAAGUGCCCCGCCCAGAAGUGUUUGUAUACCUGCCAGAUCAAGGAUGGUGGCGUGCAGCCUCAGUUUGAAAUUGUUCCUGAAGAUGACCCCCAGAAUGCCAUCGUCACCGCCUCUGCUGAUGCCUGUCACGCAGAACUGCUCAAGGCCAUAAGUGCUGCUAUGGGGAAGCUAAUACCCAACCUGCUUCCAUCCGGAGCUGACUUUUUUGGGUUUUCUCAUCCAACUAUUCACAACCUGAUCCAGAGUUGUCCAGGAGCUCGAAAAUGCCUCAAUUACCAGUGGGUGAAAUUUGAUGUGUGGAAACCCGGAGACGGGCAGCCGCCCCAAGGACUGCCAGAGAAUGAUGCAGCGAUAAGCUUCGAAGCCUUCCAGAGACAGGCCUUUGGUGAAGAUCAUGGUGACCCCAUUCUGCCAGGAUCCUUGGACCUGCCAGAGCUUCAGCCCACACCCUUCGUGUCUUCUUACCAACCCGCAUUCCUGACACAUGAACCCCUGGUGGACACUCACCUGGAGCACCUGAAGUCUCUGUCACAGUGCAGCCCGACCCCAUCUUCAGAUUGAGCAGGAGGGGGUCGCACACCACGUCAUCUAACUUAAAGUAAAAUUCCGAGUGUGGAAGAAGGCAGCGGUUCAGGAGUGAAGGAGAUACCAACACAUUUUGUCAUGGAGGCCCCCGUGGUGACGGUGUUCCCUGGGAAAAGCUUCAGCUGCUUUAUUAUUAGCAAUAAAUUUCUCUUUACAAAUCUGCUUA